UGUUCCUGCAGGUUGGAGAAUGCCUUCUAUGAACAUGCUCAGACAUACUACUACACUGAGAUCCGUCGUGUCAAAUCGCACAAGGAGUUCCUCAACAAGACAACACAUCAGUUGCUGUUUGUCAGACACCAGUUUAAAAUCGCUUUCUUCAGUGAGCUGAAACAGGACACACAGAAUGCUCUCAAGUAUUACAGAACUGCAUACAGUCUUGUCCAUGAGCUUAGAGCCCACGAGACCAACAUGCUGGAGAUCAAAACUAUGGCUGGAUUCAUCAACUAUAAGAUCUGUCGUCUGUGUUUCCAGCAUAACACUCCUCUGGAUGCUAUAGCUCAGUUCAGGAAGCACAUUGACCUGUGUAAAAAGAAGAUAGGCAGUGCUGAGCUGGCCUUCGAGCAUGCUGCAUGGAUGUCUAAACAGUUUCAGUCGUUUGGUGAGCUGUUUGAUGAAGCCAUAAAACUGGGUCUGACAGCCAUCCAGACCCAGAACCCUGGUUUCUACUACCAGCAGGCUGCCUGUUACAGCCAGGAGAGGAAGCAGCUGGCUCAGCAGCUUUGCCAGGCUGGAACGAGUUGUCCCUCCCCUGACCCACUGGACAUCCAGAGUGGGGGACUGGACUUCUAUGGGCAGAGACCGUGGAGACAAGGACAUCAGAGUAUUGAUCCUCCAGAUGCAGAGAAGGAGAAGACCGGGAUUCUGGCCCUGCAGAUUAAAGAGAGAGAUGUCCCUCAUUCUGAGCUGAUAAUAGCACUGCUCAGUAAUGCUGUUGCCCAGUUUAAGAAGUACAAGUGUCCCAGGAUGAAGAGUCACCUCAUGGUGCAGAUGGGAGAGGAGUAUUACCACGCUAAAGACUACACCAAAGCCCUCAAGCUUUUGGACUAUGUGAUGUGUGACUAUCGUACAGAGCGAUGGUGGGGACUCCUGACAGCCAUAUUGACCACAGCUCUGCGCUGUGCUUAUCUGAUGGCCAGUGUUAAAGACUACAUCAUAUAUUGCAUGGAGCUCCUGGGCAGAGCUUCAACACUGAAGGAGGAGCAGAAGGGGAGGAUUGAGAAGAAUCUCAUCAAAGUCCUGAUGAACGAGGUUCCUGACCCUGAGCCAGACUGUGAUCCAUCUUCUGUCAUUGCAGCGAGGUCGCUGUGGAACGACCGCAUGUCUUUAGCCGGAUCAAAUGAGUUCACCAUAGAAGUGCAGGACUACAUACCGUUUAUCCAGUGCAAGGCCAAGUUCUGCUCUCCCAGUUUCCACGUAGACCAGCCCAUCCAGCUGCAGGUCUUCCUCCGAGCAGACUGUCCUCACCCUCUGUCACUCAGCAAGCUGGCCGUCAGUCUCAGUAACCAGGAGUACAACCAGUGGUGUGUGGUGGAGUCGUCAGCUCAGGAGAGCAUGAACUUGUUGCCAGGGACAACCAAAUGCUACAACUUCAGCUUCGUAGCAAAGUCUGAAGAUGUUGGCAAGAAGAUUGAGAUGACAGGUAUUGAGGUGAUGCUGGGCAGGGACAAUGGCCGCUGUGUGUUUCUGAGCUGGAGAGGGGCUGGAGGAGAUGCAGCCUCUGCCCAUGAAGCCUUGCAGGCCAGCAGGUCAUCACGCCGAUGGGGACGAGGCGUGGAGAUGCGGCCAGAGCUCGACUGGGACAGCCUGAGCAUCCAGCACAGCACAAUGAUCAUCUCUAGAGUCCCAAAGAUCUUAGUUCAGCUGAGCCACCAGCCUCCUGCUCUCAACAAUGAGAUGUACUGCAUCAACCUCACCGUCCAAUCACAGGAGGAGGGUGUGGCCAAAGAUGUCAAACUGACAGCUGGCCUCAAACCAGGCCAGGAUGCCAAUCUAGGCCAGACCACACAUGUGACACUGGAUGGCUCAAAGGUGUGUGAUGACGCUGCACCUGCUCUGCUGCCUGAUGUACCACUGGGAGACCUGAAACCAGGCCAGAAGUUGGAGAGAUGUGUGUAUGUGAGGUGUGUGUCAACUGGACUAAGGGUGUUCCUGUUCCACGUGGCCUACAGCAUCGAUACCACAGUGGAAGGACAACAAAUUGUCUGCAGAUGUCAUAAGGAUGAGACUGUUACCAUAGAGACAGUGGUCCCAUUUGAGGUGUCUGUCAAGUUUGUAUCCACCAAGUUUGAGCCACUGGACCGGGUAGCAGUGGACAUUCCUUUCCUGUUGAUGACAGACAUCUUUUCCUCAUCUCCCUGGCCUCUUGUGUUGGCCUCGUCCUCUCUGCAGCUCCUCACUAUGACCAGCAACACACCACAGCUGCAGUCACAGCUGCAGGAAGUGGUUUUGCAGACAGGUGAAUGUGCCAGUGAAUGUUUCUGUCUCCGAUGUCCACCAUUGACCAACAGCAAUAACACGGUGGCUACAGGACAGUACUUGAUAUCAUGGAGGAGGAAGCCCUCCAGUGCAGACAGUCCUCUCAUCCAGACCACAGUCACUCUACCUCAUGUCAUCCUGGAGUCUGUUCCUCUCUACAUCCAUGCUGAUUUACCAUCAUUUGGUCGAGUCAGAGAGUCUCUUCCAGUCCGUUACCACAUCGAGAACAGGACAGCUCUAGUGCAGGAGGUGGAGAUGGCUGUUGAACCCUCUGAUGCCUUCAUGUUCUCUGGACUCAAACAGGUGCGUCUCCGUAUCCUCCCUGGCUCAGAGCAGCAGAUCCUGUUUAACUACUACCCUCUGAUGGCUGGUUACCAAACACUGCCACAGCUCAACAUCUGCCUGCCCCGCUGCCCCACCUCCAACACACACACACUGAGGCGCUUCUUGCCUCAACGCAUCUUCGUCAAGCCUCAGGGUCGACAGCUGGACGACGCCUCCAUCGCUGCAGCUUGAAGAACACAGACUGUAAAAAUGAAAACAAAGCAGCGCUGUGUAAGUUGUUCUUGAUGUACGGUUCCUCACAUAUGACAAUAUAACACUAUUUGUUUCACAUAGUUCUGGAAACCAUGUGUGGACCUUCAUCUGUUUCCAUUGUUUCUAUUCUGAGUGAAUUAUGUGAGCCUGACAUACUGACGUUCAUGUGACAGUAAAAUCUUGUAUGAAUCUUGAAUGAACUGUGUGGACAUGUGGGUAGAGUGUAAUACAUUAAAACGGAAUGUGAUGAAGGCUGAAUUAAACUGAAGUGACAGAAA